UUUAUAUGGAAAGUGUGUUUUCUGCACCAAGAAAAAAUGUAUUACCUGACAAUGUUUGUACAGAGGACCAAAAGAAGGAAUGGGUGAUGGAUAUGUUCCAAAAAAUUGUUGAAAUCUAUGUGUGGGAUAAAGAGAACAAACAAAACCAAGAGGAUAAUGUUGAAGUUGAUGGUGUUGUCAUUCCAAUUCAACUAAGUAAUGGAAAGAGACGGUCCUAUGUAAUUAAAAAGGCACAGAAAUCACAAACACCACAAGAAGACAAAGUGAAAAAUUAUGGACAUUUAUGUCUUGAACUUGGGUUACAGUUCAAGGCAAUACUGGAUCUUUGCAAACUGCCAGAUAGGGAUCGUGGUCUACGACUAUUGAAAGUUUGCAUGAUACAUUUCAAGGCAAACAACAACUUGUCCAAGUAUGCCUAUGAAAUUUUAAGAUUAUUGGUUCAUCAGUUGUGCAUAUUGUCAGAGCAGGAGGCACAUGAAGAGUUUUAUGGACUCUUCGUGAACACUAAAGGGAAAAUAGACAGCCAUAUACCAUUUGAUUUACAAAUGGAAUACAUUGUGAAGUCCGUAAAACGUAACAUUAAACACAUGUUUUCAAAUAAGACCGAUAAAAACAUAACGACAAGAACAAGUGCUCUUCCAGCAAUAAAGGAUAUAGCUGAAAAUUUUGACAAAACUUCAGGAGUAAUCAUCCGUUGUAAAAAACAUUCCAGCAUUGAUGUCAUCAAGGAUGAAUUGGACAUAAUAUUCGACCUGCAAAAUGUAAAUCCUUUCACUUUUACAGCAGGCAGAUCUCAUGACUCAUUUAAAACAAUAUCUAGUAGAAUGGACAAGCUCUUGGAUGUGCAUCAUUUUCAUUCUUGGAUAGAAAGCAAUGUAUACAAACAUGCUACUGAACUCGGAAAUUAAUUCUCUACUCAUCAUGCUAACUUUAACAUUUUUAUACGACUGCAAAAUCGUAUAUUGGUAUGACGUUGGCGUCGUCGUCCGAAGACACAUUGGUUUUCGCACUCUAACUUUAGUUUAAGUGAAUGGAUCUCUAUGAAAUUUUACCAUAAGGUUCAAUACUACAAAAGGAAGGUG